AUGACUACGCAAUGCGAUAACACAACGACACACUUGAUGGUCGAAACAAGUCAAACUGAGAGCCAUAAAAUUUUAUUGAACUUCAUAAUAAACACAGCAAGAGCUCAAGCUAAGGAAGGAAAGGAAGAGGAAAAGUCUGCCUUCUUGCAUACACGUUUUGUUUGCUGUUUCACAAUUUUAUUAGAUAAGUAG